CCACUUCAGGUGGACAUCGAAGUGACGUGGACAAAAGACGAGACAAUCUGGCUGAAAAUAGGAAAUGGCGAAAGACUGCUGUCAAACACGCCAGCAACGUUCCAGAGCAGGAAGACCGGAAGCAAAUCAACAGUACGUGCCACACUCAAUAAUGGUACUGCUCUUCCACCUCGAAGAUAUUUUUUUCUGUACGACGAAACAAAGGGUAACUUUUCGAUGGUCGUUACGCCAAUAAACUACGCGGAAGACACCGGAAUAUGGCAGUGUCAUGUUACCAUCCAGAAACAGGGCAAAAUGCAGUCGAUGACAAGUCGCAAUCGGAUCAAAAACCGACCACAGAAACAAACUGACGAUUCUGGCGUAACUGCUGAUAACAGUGGGCUCAAAAUGCCUUCGACGGAUUCUGAGAUGAAAACAGUUCGACCGUCGCUUCCUUUUAUGGCUUUCACUCGAAAUGAGCAAAGCACCAUCGAGAUUGCUCGGUAUGCUACCAAAUUAUAA